CCUGGCGAGCGCUCAGCAGGAACAAAUCCCCGGCCAGAGAAGCCCAGUCGCUGGGACUAGCAAUUGCGAACCGGCCGGUGUGGCGGUAGCGGGAGAGACGGAGAAAGAGCUGGAGCCGGCGGCAACCAUGCAUUCAAGUCCUUCAUUCAGCCCCCACUCAGCAACAUUGAUGAACAUUUGAUCUCAGGGGUGCCAUCUGCACAGAACAAUAGAACUGUUGGAUUGGCUGGCCCUUGAUGCCCUGCAGCCUUUGUUGAGGUGCUAGCAGUGAAGUGAAGCACUGAAAAUCCACCAAAAAUGAAAGAGUCCUACACGCUUGCGCAAGGUGCUGUGACGACAGGCAGCAGCCCCCAAGACAGGUAUAAGGCCGUUUGGCUGAUCUUUUUCAUACUCGGCCUGGGGACGCUCUUGCCAUGGAAUUUUUUCAUGACAGCUACGCUGUAUUUUACCAGCCGCCUGGGGGAAUCCCAGAACAUAUCCUCUGUCGACCGUGUUGCUAAUAUGAAUGUGACAGGGACAGCGGAAGAUUCUCGCACGUACUUGCAGUCCACGUUCAACAGUGUGAUGACGCUCUGUGCCAUGUUGCCUCUACUCGUCUUCUCCUGCCUCAACUCCUUCAUCCAUCAGAGGAUCCCGCAGCAAGUACGGAUCCUAUGCAGCUUGGUUGCCAUCUGCUUUGUCUUCAUGGUAACAGCUAUCCUGGUAAAGGUCUCUAUGGAGCCAUUGCCUUUCUUCACCAUCACCAUGAUCAAGAUAGUCUUCAUCAAUUCUUUUGGUGCCAUUCUUCAGGGAAGCCUCUUUGGAUUGGCAGGGCUCCUGCCUGCUAGUUAUACAACACCUAUUAUGAGCGGCCAGGGCCUUGCAGGGACAUUUGCAGCUUUGGCCAUGAUCUGUGCUAUCGCCAGUGGCUCUGAAAUAUCAGAUUGUGCCUUUGGUUAUUUCAUCACAGCCUGUGUAGUGAUCCUGUUUGCCAUCGGUUCCUAUAUGGUGCUGCCUCGUCUGGACUUCUUCCGUUACUACUCCAUGAAAGACAAGACAGAGUACCAGACCCAUGAGAACCAUUCUGAGCUGGACACCAAGGUUGAUCUGAUCAGGAAAGGUGAGCCCAAUGGUAUAGAUCCAAGGAACCCUACAAACGGGGAUUCCCAUGUCCCAAACCACAAGUCCUCAGUCUUCAGCAUCUUCAGAAAGAUCUGGAUCAUGGCUCUGUGUGUGUGCUUAGUCUUUACCAUCACUAUUGGAGUCUUCCCAGCUGUCACUGCUGACGUUAAGACAAGCAUUGCUGGGAACACAACCUGGGAUGGAUAUUUCACGCCAGUCUCUUGUUUCCUGGUGUUUAAUGUCUUUGACUGGGCUGGUCGGAGCCUGACGGCUGUUUGCAUGUGGCCUGGAAAGGACAGCCUUCUGCUACCCUUGAUGGUGAUUUUCCGUGUGAUCUUCAUCCCCCUGUUCAUGCUGUGUAAUGUGCUGCCCCGCCGGAACCUGCCUGUCGUCUUUGCCCACGAUGCUUGGUACAUCAUCUUCAUGAUCUUCUUCUCCAUCUCCAAUGGAUACUUGGCCAGCCUCUGCAUGUGCUUCGGGCCCAAGAAGGUGUUACCACAUGAAGCAGAGACUGCUGGAGCCAUCAUGGCAUUCUUCCUUUCACUAGGCCUGGCUUUGGGAGCUGUCUCCUCCUUCCUGUUCAGAUAUGUAAUCUAGCAGGACGCCCAGAACAUCUUCGGCAAGAGGGACAGAGGAGAAGUGCCCUGCUUUCCAAAGAACUCACUGCCUUAGCCGGUGUGUGUGUGUGUGUAGCACGUGACUUGGAGCCUGGCUCUUUCCUUUCCUUAUUGCACCGAUAACUCAGCUCCUCUUGUGUGUGAUUUUUACCCUUGUCAGUAAUGUUUGACCUCUACCAAUCCAGCAUUAUACAACUUUGCUCUCUAGGGUGCAUCAGAAUGUUUCCAUGUUUGUGCCUUGCUAAGGCCAAGAUCAUUCAUUCUCUGUGCUUGAGCCAGUGGCUGCUUGCAGUUCUCUGUCCUUAUGUUUUUUCCCCACAUAGUUGUGCUUUCUCCUGCCAGACAGAAGGGACUUCUUCCCCCUGCACCAGUGGUGCCUCAGCCUUGCAGCUGGCUUCUGCUUACAUGGAACCAGCCUGAGUACCCGAGAUCCAUCAGUAUCUGCUUCCGGGGUCAGAAGGAAAGGUUUAUCUGUACAUUAUUGCACAGCCAGUGGGCAGCUGUGAAACAGCCCAGAGCUCCAUCAAGCUAGUGCCAGUGCCUCACACCUCAGGGACACAGCUGUCCUCCUGGGGAGCAUUUCUGCCAUAUUCCAGCCACUCCUUCCCCAGUCUCCCCUAGCAGGGGUUGCAGUGAGCGCUUAAGAGACUGAGCAAGCCAGUGAUGGCGAGUUUUGCUUUGGCAAAUUAACUCUUUGCCUCACAGUUUCAGCCAGUUAUCAGGCUUGAAUUUACACUACAGUUACUUUGUAAAUAUAUAUAUGUACAGCUGCUGUCGUGUAUAGACUGCCAACACCCCUGACAUUUAACCCUGCCACCCCACCCCCCCAGCUUUCAUAAGAUUCUCUACCCUGCUUUGUCAGUGGGUGGUAGCAGUAGAAGGGGGUCACGAGGGCCGUCCCUCAAUAUUAAUCAUGGAGUUCUAGAAAGGCUGAGCCCUUUACCCUGCCUCCACCACUAGUUCAAGGCUUGGGCUGAAGGGGCUGAAAUGGAUUUGUCUUAUGGUUGCUCAAAGCAGUCAGUCAGUUUUUAGCUCAUUGUAUGUGUUCUUUGGAUUGUAAACCUCAGGAUUUCAGUUAUUUUCUUUGAACUCUGAUUUUUUUUAAAAAAAACAACACGCGAUUUUUAAAAGUUAAAAAAACUUGUAGCCCUCCAAGGAGUGGAGGAGUGCCUAUGUGUAUUUUAAACCAGAAAGCAAAUUAAAUAUAGGACUUUUUUUUUUCUAAGUGA